GGUUGGCGAGCGCGCGCGGCCAGUCGACCAUUGGCCUUCGGGCCCGUCUGUCUAGUCUUGUCCUGUCUGCUCUGUGGUGGUGAAUCCCACUCAAAGCCGGUGAUCGGGAGAACCACUCGGAGUGUGUGACCUUUUGGGUCCUCUCGAAAGAACGGGGGAAAAAAUAGUAAAAGUCGGCGUUCGAAGUGUGUACCUCGAGUGAAAAAAUAAAAACAGAAGAACCCGGAAAAAGAGAAAAGGAGGAAAAAGCACUUGACAGUAAAAGCUUCUCGCGUCCAUCUCCUCCUCCCCCACUCCCCUCAACCACUUGGAAGGGUGGUUUUGCUCCGUGGGAGGGGGAAGUGUUGAGCUCUUGCUUUGAUGAUCUGUAGACAUCACCGCAACGACGACGACGACGACGUUACACGAGGCAAGGAAGACGAACUACCGCGACUGUCGCGAAAGUACACAAUGAAAAAUGGAGCAAUUUGAACAGCUCUUAACGUGUUGCGUGUGUCUGGACAGAUACCGCAACCCGAAGCUGCUACCAUGCCAGCACUCGUUCUGCAUGGAGCCGUGCAUGGACGGCCUCAUUGAUUACGUGAAGCGGCAGGUGAAAUGUCCGGAGUGUCGUGCCGAGCACCGCAUCCCCUACCAGGGCGUGCAGGGCUUCCCGACCAACGUGACGCUGCAGCGGUUCCUGGAGCUGCACAUCGAGAUCACCGGCGAGCUGCCGGACCCGACCUCGGGCCAGGUCAUGGAACGGUGCGGCGUCUGCUCGGAGAAGGCGUACUGCGCGCUGUGCGUCCACUGUGAGAAGAAGAUCUGCCCCGACUGCAAGGGAGCUCACAUGGACAUCCUGCGGCGUGAGAUCAACCGCAUCAACAACCAGAUUCGCCGAGGACUGCACCGCUUGAAGGAGGUGCUCGCGGUGGUGGAGAAGAACGCCCAGAACCUGCAAAACAACUGCGGCAGUGUGUCGGAGGAGAUCGAAGAGAUUUACCGCAGGCUGCAAAAGGCACUCAAGGAUCGGACCGACCACCUGCGCACUGACAUGGACAAGUACGUUUCGACGGAGCUGAAGAAUGUCAUCACGAUGAAGGAUAACCUGGAGCUGGAGAUCGCCAACAUUCAGAGCAACUCCGACCUGGCCGAAAAGUUCAUGAACGAAGGCAACGUCGAGUGGGACGACUGCGAGCUGAUGGACACGAAGGAGAUCUUUCUGCGAACGGUUGACUUUAUUCGGAACUUUGACUGCGAAACGAUGGACUACAGUCGGAAGGUGCGCUUCAUCAUGAACAUCGACCCGAACAAACUGAUCAUGGAGGUGUCCUCGUACGGAGAUUUGAAACUGCCCAACGACGGAGCCGGCACCAGUCAAAGUCAGAGCACGCUGCUACAGCCGCCAUCCGGACCAGGUUUGAUGCGAUCGAAGAGCGAUCACCGGUUGGCAGCUCAGUUCCGUCAGCAGGAAGCUCAAGGUUGGAAUCCGGACGACGAACCGCUACUCGGCGGACGCAAGUUUGGUGAACGUCCUGUGAAGCCUCCCCAGCCGGAGAAGGAGAGGUACGGAAACGAAUCUCGGUAUGGUCGUGGAAACGAUUAUGACUACGACGAUGAGCCGUCCAGCAGAUCAACAAAGGGACGCUUCCGGUCGCGGUUUGCCCGCAGUCACCAACUGGACAACGAUUCGGAUAACGAGUCAAAGCCAGCGCGUACCGCCGAAGAGAAGGAAAAGGCCAACAAAGUCACAAGCACCGAAGAUUGUGCCAAGGGUCCGUUGAGUGGCAUCUUCCGGUUAAUGGACUCGCCACGUGUUAUGAAACGGCUGCAAGAUACGGAAAAGGGUAAAAUCAAGAAAGCAUCCCCCGCAACAACCCCAACAGUGCCAAAGCCAAAUCCACUUGCCACCAAACCCAAGGUGACCACGUCCCGUCAGCUUUCCGAAGACGACGAAAUCGCCAAGAUCAAGCGCCAGAACAAAGGAGCUUCGACGAGUACCACAACGACUACGACGAGCCCGUCUUCACCGGUACCCACGGAACCGGAAAGGCCCGCUGCCGACCGAGUGUCCGCACUGAAAGGUCGCGUAGCAGCUGCUGCGGCCGCCGCUGCUGCCAGCGAUGACAGUGACAGCACGCCUUCUUCACCUGCUCGAAGAUCGUCGCCACACGUCGAGGCCGAUAGUGAUCAGGACGAUUCGGAGCGCUCGAGCCGUUCCCGCCAAGCAGGAGCCACCGCCAACGCAACCGCUGCCAAGAAAACUCCGACCCGUUCCGCCAGUAGCGAUUCCAACUCUUCGAGCGAGUCCGGCAGCGCAUCGCCAGCUCCAGCAACGGCUCGUACCGAAGAAGCCAAGCCGAAGGCAUCGAUCUUGAAAAACUCCGAACCGGCCCGUAGCACUGCGUCGCCAACGGGCGAGAAGAAACCCUUCCAGAGCCGGUUCUUGCCGCAAACGCAGCAGCAGCAACAGCCUGCGAAGAAGGAAGAAUCCGAGAGCAGUAGCAGCGAGGAGGAAUCGUCCUCCGAGGAAGAAUCCGAAGAGGAGGAAGAGGAGGUGAAGCCAGCGCCAGCGAGACCUACGCCAACGGUGGUUUCCUCGCCGGUGCGCACGGAGCAGCCAAGUUCACCGCUGCUCAGCCGAAUUCAGGCCCGUGAAGCGGCUGCGGCCGACACGAGAAAGACGUCUCGUGAAGAGCCUCGUGCCAGCGGGUACUCCAGCCCGACGAACUAUCGCAGCCAGUACGAUCGCGACGAAAGUCCCAAGUACGGCAGCGGAUCGUCGUCCGCCCUUCGGUCCCGAACCACUGCCCACGUGGAACCCGAGGAGAACAAAUACGGCAGCUCCGGAUAUACCAGCCGGUUCCUCAACAAGAGCAAGAGUACGGCCGUGGUGGCCCCGGAGGAUGAUGCCACCGGGGACGACUCCGACAGCCGCCUCGGCAGCAACCGUAGCCGCUUCAGCGCCCUGCAGGACCGUCGGAAUCGCCUUGCGAGAAGCCGCUCCUCGCACAACUUUGGCAACGACGAUGAAGACGACGAGCCGGUGUCUCCGACCACUUCUUCUCCAUCGGCCUAUCUUGCGUCCCGAUACGGAACAUCGUCAUCGCUAGCGUCGCAACCUGCCGAUCUGUCUCGCAGCCGCUCGACGCAUGCGCUCAAGUCGCGCGAACCCUCGCCGGAUCGUAACACCGGCAGUGACAAGGACGGUGCCGCCCUCAGCUCGUGGGCCCGCUACCUGAAGAACAAGUACGGCAACCGUUCGACCAAGGACGGCAAGGACACACCUUCCACCUCGACGUCGUCCCACUCCGCCACGUCCUCAUCGUUGGCCUCCCCGUCCACCUCGUCGUCAUCGUCGACGUCAGCGGCCGCCGCCCGGCGCCUCAGUCUGGGCCUGCCGCUGCGCCAGUCCGACAUCCUCAGCUCCGAUGACGAUUCAAAAAACGGGGUAGGCUCCCCUACCUCUCCUACGGCAGCAGUAGUCGGUAUACCAGGGGCAGCAGGUAUGUCCCCUAGGACGCAGUACCUGCAGAAGCGCCGACAACUGUUCCAGAUAGGAGGUCGGGGGAGCGAACCCGGUUCCUUCACGUGGCCCCGCGGCAUCGCCGUGGGUCCCGACAAUAGCAUCGUGGUAGCGGACUCGUCCAACCAUCGCGUGCAGGUCUUCGACUCCAACGGUAUCUUCGUGAAGGAGUUUGGCCAGUACGGCAACGGGAACGGCGAGUUCGACUGCCUGGCCGGUGUAGCUGUCAACCGGAUCGGCCAGUUCAUCAUCGCCGACAGAUACAAUCACCGCAUCCAGGUCCUGGAUCCGGCCGGACGCUUCCUGCGCUCGUUCGGUUCCCAGGGUACGGCCGACGGCAAGUUCAACUAUCCGUGGGGCAUCACAACCGAUGCGCUAGGCUUCAUCUACGUUUGUGAUAAGGAAAAUCAUCGAAUUCAGGUAUUCCAAUCGGACGGUUCCUUCAUCGGGAAGUUUGGCUCGUGCGGCAAGGACGAGGGCCAGCUGGAGCACCCGCACUACAUUGCCGUGUCCAACACGAACCGCGUCAUCGUGUCCGACUCCAACAACCAUCGCAUCCAGAUCUUCGACGUCAACGGCCGAGUGCUGACCACAUUCGGUGGCGAAGGCUCCGACGAGGGUCAGUUUAAAUUCCCAAGGGGCGUGGCCGUUGACGACCAGGGCUACAUUUGCGUGGCGGACUCGGGCAACAACCGGAUCCAGAUCUUCCACCCGGACGGCAGCUUCCUGCGGGCGUUCGGCUCGUGGGGCUCCGGGGACGCCGAGUUCAAGGGGCUCGAGGGGGUGGCCAUCAUGUCCAACGGUAACAUCCUGGUGUGCGAUCGCGAAAAUCACCGCGUCCAGGUGUUCUGAGGGGGAGGGCCCAGCUCAGCUCGUUUGCGGCAAUCAACUGAUUACGCAAGGCCAUAUUUUAUUCAACUCUACCCACAAAUUCAGCAAAAGUGAACCAUUUUUUGCACUUUUUUUUUUCUUCAACUCCAAGCGUGCCUUUUUCGAUAACCUUUGAAGUGUUUUUUUUUAUUCUACAUUACCAGUCUACUCCCAAACUAGCUUGUUGCAAAUUUUCCCUGAUUAAACUUAACCAUAAUUACAAAAAAAUAAAAAUGAAAGGAUUUGUAGUUCGCGCACGCGAAUAGAAAAGUGUAAAGAUAAAAUGUUUUUUUCAAAUUGAACGCAGAACAACCUAGUUCGAUAAUAAAGAUUUUUGAGUUUAUUGUG